AUGACCUACCGAUGGAAAUUCUUGUUGCUAGGGACUAACAUUGCACAGGAUGGCAGAGCCACACAGUCCAGCAAUGAACGGUCAGCUCAUCGAGCCAUCGACGGUGAGACCGGGAACAAAGACUCCUGCGCCAUGACCAAAGUCGAGAGGGACCCUUGGUGGAGCCUCGAUUUGCAGCAGAAACAUCAGGUCUGGUCCGUCCGAAUCACCAAUACAGAGGGGGACCCCAAAGAGGGAAUAGAGGGCGCCGAAAUCCACAUCAGCGACUCCUUCCUCAACUUUGGCAACGAAAACCUAAGGUGCGCCACCAUACAGUCAAUCCGCCUUGGAGGAGUGGAGACCUUUGACUGUGGCGGCAAGCAAGGUCGAUACAUCAACAUCGUGCGUCCCGGGGACAAGCAGCACCUGACUCUGUGUGAGGUGGAGGUGUUCGCCCAGCCACUGUUUAUUAUCCAGCCAUGUUAAAGCUGUUUGCCAGCCCAGUGCAGCUCCAAGCGGGCGCCAUCUGAGCCCGAGCUUGUGCCAGCCCAGAAACGAACGUCAAGCAUUCACUGACCUACUCAGCCAUUGUGGGAGCUGUUACCUUGUGCACCACCUUAUCAAAUAUCUUC